GCCUCGCAGAGUUGGGAGAGGAAGGCUGGGGGGGUGUGGAAAAAUAAAAGGAAAAGUCCUGGCACCAUGUAGAGCAGCGCCCCCCGCCCUGGCACCGCGGCCGGCCGGGGACGCCCCCGUCUGCGGCCAUGAACGCGAGCGGCGAGGGCGAGAGCUUCCCCGGCUCGGUGCAAAUUCCAGGCAGCACAGCGGUGCUAGUUGAGCUGACUCCCGACAUCCACAUCUGCGGCAUCUGCAAGCAGCAGUUUAACAACCUAGAUGCCUUUGUAGCUCACAAGCAGAGUGGCUGCCAGCUGACCAGCGCGGCGGGAACAGCCCCCAGCACAGUCCAGUUUGUGGAGGAAACAGUGCCUGCUACCCAGACUCAGACCACCACCAGAACCAUCACUUCAGAGACCCAGACGAUCACAGUUUCAGCUCCAGAAUUUGUUUUUGAACAUGGCUAUCAAACUUAUCUGCCCACGGAAAGCAAUGAAAACCAAACGGCCACAGUCAUCUCUCUCCCCGCCAAGUCACGCACCAAAAAGCCUGCAACCCCGCCUGCUCAGAAAAGGCUGAACUGCUGCUAUCCAGGUUGCCAAUUCAAGACUGCCUACGGCAUGAAGGAUAUGGAGCGGCAUUUAAAAAUCCACACGGGAGACAAACCCCACAAGUGUGAGACCUGCGGCAAGUGCUUCAGCCGGAAGGAUAAGCUGAAGACGCACACGCGCUGCCACACGGGCGUGAAGCCCUACAAGUGCAAGACGUGCGACUACGCGGCGGCCGACAGCAGCAGCCUCAACAAGCACCUGCGAAUCCACUCGGACGAGCGCCCCUUCAAGUGCCAGAUCUGCCCCUACGCCAGCCGCAACUCCAGCCAGCUCACCGUCCACCUGCGCUCCCACACCGGUAAGUGCGCCGCACCCUGGGGGACGCCCCCCUUCCAGUGCUGGCUCUGUAGCGCCAAGUUCAAAAUCAGCUCGGACUUGAAAAGGCACAUGCGCGUGCACUCGGGGGAGAAGCCUUUCAAGUGCGAGUUCUGCAAUGUCCGCUGCACCAUGAAGGGGAACCUCAAGUCGCACAUCCGCAUCAAGCACAGCGGGAAUAACUUCAAGUGUCCGCACUGCGACUUCCUGGGUGACAGCAAAGCCACCCUCCGGAAGCACAGCCGCGUGCACCAGUCGGAGCACCCCGAGAAGUGCUCGGAGUGCAGCUACUCGUGUUCCAGCAAGGCGGCCCUGCGCAUCCAUGAGCGCAUCCACUGCACCGACCGGCCCUUCAAGUGCAACUACUGCAGCUUCGACACCAAGCAGCCCAGCAACCUGAGCAAGCACAUGAAGAAGUUCCACGGGGACAUGGUCAAGACCGAGGCCUUGGAGAGGAAGGAGUCCGGCAGGCAGAGCAGCCGGCAGGUGGCCAAGCUGGAUGCCAAAAAGACUUUUCACUGCGACAUAUGCGACGCCUCGUUCAUGCGGGAGGAUUCGCUCCGAAGCCACAAGAGGCAGCACAGUGAGUACAACGAGAAUAAGAACUCCGAUGUGACCGUCCUCCAGUUUCAGAUCGACCCCGGCAAGCAGCCCGCUGCACCCCUCACGGUCGGGCACCUCCAGGUGCCCCUCCAGCCCAGCCAGGUGCCCCAGUUCAGCGAGGGAAGAGUCAAAAUCAUCGUGGGGCAUCAAGUGCCCCAGACAAACACCAUCGUGCAGGCCGCUGCGGCCGCAGUCAACAUCGUCCCACCUGCCCUGGUGGCCCAGAGCCCGGAGGAGCUCCCCGAGAACAGCCGGCUGCAGAUCCUGCGCCAGGUCAGUCUGAUCGCCCCUCCUCAGUCCUCCGGAUGUCCGAGCGAGGCAGGCGCCAUGAGCCAGCCGGCCGUCCUGCUGACCACCCAUGACCAGACCGACGGGGCCACGCUGCACCAGACUCUGAUCCCCACGGCCGCCGCCGGGCCCCCGGAAGCCCCCGGCAACCAGACGUUCAUCGCCAGCUCGGGCAUCACGUGCACUGACUUCGAAGGCCUUAAUGCUCUGAUUCAGGAGGGCGCCGCCGAGGUGACAGUGGUGAGCGAUGGGGGCCAGAGCAUCGCCGUGGCCACCACGGCGCCACCCAUAUUCUCCUCCUCUUCGCAGCAAGAGCUGCCCAAGCAGACAUACUCCAUCAUCCAAGGGGCUACGCACCCGGCUUUGCUGUGUCCGGCCGAUUCCAUACCAGAUUAGUACUGGAAACGCAAGGCCCGGGCGGGGGACAGAAAUCAUGAGUAGUAGUCUGUGGUUGCUCUUGAUGUUUUUAAGGCUUGUCGUGACUGCCUCCUGUAAUAAAUUGUAUUUUGUACUUCUUACUGUAAUUUUUUAACACUGUAACUACUUUGAGACCACCUCCGAAUGGCCGCGUUCUAUGGUAGAAUCUUAAGUGUUACCAAGAUGAUUCCAAUUAGGAAUUGGAAUUAAAUGGGUUAAGUAGUGGAUACAUUUAUUUGCUUCCAAGUUGAUUCUCCAAUUGUAAUAAAGGCUCUUUUCCAUCUCGUCCAAUUUGUGUAGUAGAUGGUACUUCCUAGCCUCUCUUAAGCUCCAUUCUGAAAUAUCUCCCAGAAUUUGGGGUAUUAGUGUAUUACAUGGAUACAAAUUGAUUGGCCUGAAGGACCAUUUUCUACAUAAUGUUACAUGGAUACUUGAAAAGAAAAACAAUGUUAAGUGCUAAUGCACAGAAAAGGAAUGGUUCUCUAAUAAAUUGAUACCUGGUUAAAAUAUACUGAAUGUUAAUGCUUCUUAAGAGUCAAGAUAUGGUUUGGGGCUGAGGGGUGUAAAUCAUUGGAUAAUUAAAGAGAACUUGAAGCAGCAAAGGCUUUUAGUUCUCUCAUAAAUAUUGCUCAAACACUUUACCUCCUUCACAAUUAUAUCAAAUAAAUGCAGUACCUAAAGUGAUCCUUUUUUUUUAACUUCAAACUAAAGAUCGUGACAUUUUUAUUUAAACACAAAUAUGAUGCAAGUUCCUACUAAGAUUUGACAGGAUUUUUCUAGGCCAUAUUUUGGUUGCGAUAUCUGUGCAGAUCCAGGCUCCAGAGGAGUGGUUUGGAAAAGCACCUAGGUUUUUCCCAAGCAUAGGUUAUAUUGAGAAGAGGGAAAUUCAGAUUGUAUUGUUUUAAAUUGAAAUACUACUUGAUCAGCAGGUGGCGCCAGAGAGAAGCCGGAAUUACCCAAUUUAUACCUAAAAUGAUCUUCCAGGUUUUAACAUCUCUGAUUUUCUAUGUAGACCAGGAUUGUUGAAGGGGGGUGAUCACUAGCCUGAAAGAAGUAUAUUUGAUUGUUAUGAGUGUACCUAGGUACAUUUUUUGCCAAGUUGUCACUUUUAUUCUUUCAUACUUUAUAAACUUGCGUAUAUGUAGCUCAGUGGCAGAGUGUAUGUGUGAUGCCCUGGGUCUCAUCCCCAGGACUGGGGAAAAAAAAAAUUGUCAUAUGGAUCAUCUAUUUCAUUUUCAUAUGAAGAUGUGUUUUCUGGUUUGGGUACAAACAAGCUAGGGAAACAGUGAUGUUGGAAAUCUUGAGGGUUUGCCCGUUAGAAAUGCAGAGUCCCUGCCCUUAGGGAGGGCCAUACAGUCAGAGCAAGUUUGUUUCCCUUCUGUCUUGGAUCCUUAAUAUUUGAGCAUAAUUCUGAAGACUGAUUACUUUACCUUUGCCAGUAUUUCUUUAUUUUCGUGUCAGUAUUGGUAGUAGUGAGUUGUUAACUAUGAUUUUGGUCUGGAAGAGGAAUUCCUGCAGUGUACAGUGUUAGACAUUUUAGUAAUUUUAUCUUUGGAAUUACCGUGGUCUCCCCUUAUCCACAGUUUUGCUUUCUUGCUUUCUGUUACCUAUAGCCAACUACAGUCCAAAAAUAUUAAAUGGAAAAUUCCACAAAUAAGCUCAAAAGUUUUUAAAUGCCUUUAUUGCAACAUGUAGUUAUGAUUGUUCUUUUUGUUUGUUAUUGUAGUAAACAAUACUUCCUAUGCCUAAUUUAUAAAUUAAACUUCAUUGGAGGCUUAUGUGUGUAAAAAAGAACAGUAUAUAUAGGGUUUGGUACCAUCUGCAAUUCAGGCGUUCAAGGAAUGCCUUGGAAUGUAUCCCCAGAGAGUGGGGGAGACUACUGUAUUACUUGCAGUUCUUUAGAAAAUUACUCAGCUGCCUUUUAACUGCAAAACCGCUAUUACAAGCCUGUUCUUUUAUCCCCAUUGUUCUUUUAUCCCCAGAGUGUCCUUUCUUCAACUUUCAAAAGUUGUUUUUUCCUGGUUAUAAAUAUGAUGUGUAUUCAAGAUAGAA